GACAGAGACAGACAGGUGAGGCAGCGCUUCAUGUUUCAGGUAUAUUAACGAGAGACAGACAGGUGAGGCAGCGCUUCAUGUUUCAGGUAUAUUAACGAGAGACAGACAGGUGAGGCAGCGCUUCAUGUUUCAGGUAUAUUAACUAGAGACAGACAGGUGAGGCAGCGCUUCAUGUUUCAGGUAUAUUAACUAGAGACAGACAGGUGAGGCAGCGCUUCAUGUUUCAGGUAUAUUAACUAGAGACAGACAGGUGAGGCAGCGCUUCAUGUUUCAGGUAUAUUAACUAGAGACAGACAGGUGAGGCAGCGCUUCAUGUUUCAGGUAUAUUAAUGAGAGACAGACAGGUGAGGCAGCGCUUCAUGUUUCAGGUAUAUUAACGAGAGACAGACAGGUGAGGCAGCGCUUCAUGUUUCAGGUAUAUUAACUAGAGACAGACAGGUGAGGCAGCGCUUCAUGUUUCAGGUAUAUUAACGAGAGACAGACAGGUGAGGCAGCGCUUCAUGUUUCAGGUAUAUUAACUAGAGACAGACAGGUGAGGCAGCGCUUCAUGUUUCAGGUAUAUUAACUAGAGACAGACAGGUGAGGCAGCGCUUCAUGUUUCAGGUAUAUUAACGAGAGACAGACAGGUGAGGCAGCGCUUCAUGUUUCAGGUAUAUUAACUAGAGACAGACAGGUGAGGCAGCGCUUCAUGUUUCAGGUAUAUUAACGAGAGACAGACAGGUGAGGCAGCGCUUCAUGUUUCAGGUAUAUUAACGAGAGACAGACAGGUGAGGCAGCGCUUCAUGUUUCAGAUAUAUUAACGAGAGACAGACAGGUGAGGCAGCGCUUCAUGUUUCAGGUAUAUUAACGAGAGACAGACAGGUGAGGCAGCGCUUCAUGUUUCAGGUAUAUUAAUGAGAGACAGUGUGCUUCCUGUUUCCAGCUAACCCCAGAGUGAACGUGGAGCUGCGACAGCGUCUGCCUUCACCUGCGUCUCAGCGCCUCAGCAGUCCUGACGGAUCUGGGAUCAGCCUGAGUCCGGACCACACUGACCCGGUUCAGGCCCCUCAGCACCUGCAGGAUCUCCCUCCGGUCUCCUGCUCCUCCUCCCCUCAGUCCCACAGGAGCUCUGUCUCUCCGGUUUCUGCGUCUUCCUCCAGACCUCCAGCAGCCGCAGGGGAGAUGGAGAUGAACCUUUCCCCCAGCCGAGGCCCCUCUCCUCGGGCAGAGAGCUGCGGAGACGGCCCCGAUGGAGGAAGAGCAUCCAGAGGUCCUGCUAGUCCCGCCCCCGGAGGACACCUGGUCGGCCCUGAUGACAGCUCUCAUCAGGAAGUCGGUCCAGUCUCAGCGUCUGGUCGAGUUCCAACUUUUGAUCGAGACAAAAACAUCUCGUUUUUACUGAAAGAGCUCGACUCUCUGAGAGAAAUCAACAAGAAGCUGCAGGAUCAGCUGGUCCAGAAGGAGAAUGAGCUGCUAAGGAGGGAGGUGGAGGAGGAGCUGAGGGAGGAGCAGAGGGAGGCCCGAGGCUGGGAGAGACCUGCAGCGGUGUUGGAGGAGGUGUUAGCUGCUCAGAAGGACAGAGAUCAGGCUCUGAUGUCACGACUCCUGCUGGCCAAUGAGGAGAGAGAUGAGGCUCUGCUUCGUGCACGUCAACUGCAGCAGGCCGCCGAGUUGGAGAACGUGUCCCAGGAGCACGCCGACAUGGACGUAGACGAGCUCCUUCAGUGUGUUUGUGACGCCGACUCCGUCCAGGAGGUCGAACAGUUCGGUUCGGUUCUGGUUCAGCGUUUACGUUUGGCGAGGCAGCGGAGAAAUGACAUCACCGCUCAGGAGAUGAAGGCCGUGAUGGAGGAGAGAGACGGCUCGCUCGCCAAGUGUAAACGGCUGGAACAGGAUCUGACUCAGGAGAGAGAGCAGAGGGCGAGCGAGGAGGAGCUGCUGAGGCUUCAGAGAGAGAGAGGCGGAGCUCCGGAGGACCGACGCCGACUGGAGGCGGAGCUGCAGGUGCUGCGAGCCAAUCACAGCUCUCAGGACCUCCUCACCUCUCCUCCCUCGCCGCCCGGUGACGGCGUCUCUCCGGGUUCGUUGGCGGCAGCCCGUCAGGCCCCGCCCCUGCUGGUCCAGUUUCAGCAGCUGUCGAAGGAGAAGCGGAGCCUGGAGGCGGAGCUUCGACGCUGUCGGGAGGCGGAGCGGGAGGCCAGCGACAGAGUCCUCAGGUUGGAGCGUCUGGUGGAGGUUUUGAGGAAGAAAGUCGGGACAGGGAGCCUUCGAGCCGUCAUCUGACCUCCUCUGUUUUAUUAUUAGUGUUGAAUUUUCAUUCUUUUUAUAAACUGAUUGCUGGUUAUGUUAUUCUGUUUUCUCUAUUAAAAAUGGCUGCAGCUGCAUAUAUAUAUAUAUAUAUAUAUAUAUAUAUAUAUAUAUAAUAUAGUAUGUAUGUAUAUGUAUGUUUAGUUUCAGUUUUAUUGUGUAUUAUUUUGACAUGUUGAUUUUUUUCCUCAUUCAGAAACUUUGUGUUAAUGUUCAGAUCUGAUUCAGCUGUUUGUGGGAACUGAAGCAGAUUUUUUCAUCUGUACUUUUAUCACACUUUAUAAUAAAUACAAGUCUAUUCUUUUUUCUUUA